AGAGAGAGAGAGAGAAAGUAGCAGCGAAGAGGAAGAAGAAGAAGAAGGCUUUGCAACUUUCAUGCUCUGAAGCGACGUCGUCUGGGCAGUGUAUACAUAUACCAGUAGCAAGGAAACUUGCAGAAUAAAUAUACAGAGAGAGAGAGAGAGAGAGAGAGAGAAGGGGACGCCGGCGCGUAACAAUGAAGACGACAAAAGGAGGCAAGGUUAUGAACCCUACCGAUGCUUACCGGAAAGAGCUUCGCAAGAAGGAGUUAAAACGGAACAAAAAAGAAAGGAAAAAGGUGCGGGAGGUGGGGAUUUUGAAGAAAGAUCCUGAGACACUAAGGGAGCAGAUAUCCAAGCUGGAAGCCAUGAAAGCAGAAGGUGCUCUGGAUAAAGCAAGAAAACACAAGAAGAGACAACUUGAAGAUACACUAAAUCUUGUUCUGAAGAAGAGAAAGGAAUAUGAGGAUAAAGCAAAGGAUAAGGGUGAAACGCCAGUGAUGUUCAGCCAUUUGGGACCUCCUCCUCGUAGGCGCUCCGCUGCAGAAGAGGAAGAAAGAGCGAAGCACCCAAAAGCUGAAGAUUCAGUUUACUAUCACCCUACACUAAAUCCUACAGGAGCUCCUCCACCUGGAAAACCUCCCAUGUUUAAAUCAUCUGUAGGACCUAGAAUACCAUUGUCUGCGGCCACAUCAAGUGGUGCUGCAUCUUCUUCAAACUCAGACUUGGAUGAUGCUGCUUUACCCAUUCCUCCUCCACCUCCACCUCCACCUCUGCCUCGUACUGGUGACAUGGACUCUGGUGAUGCCUCCGAAUUGCCUGCAUCUUUGCCAUUGCCACCUCCCCCACCUGUACCACCAAAGCCUCCAGUAACAGACUCCGGUACUUUGUUGCCGCCUCCACCUUUGCCACCACCACCACCUCCUCCUGGACCCCCUCCAAAGGACCAAAUGGCUAUCCGUUCAUCACUCCCUCCACCCCCAUCUCUCCAUCAAUCUGCUCAACCUCCACCUCCUGGAACUGGUGGAAGUGAGACGGAGAAAAGCCAGUUUGCAAAAUCUGAUGAUCAAGCUUCACGGGAUCCAUUUCAGGCAACAGCAACACUUCCCCCACCUCCCCCUCCUCCACCAAUGGGUUUGGCACCAAAGAUGGUCAAUAAUCAGUUGGAAGGCACAUCUUCUGAAUCUGAUGCUAAUAAUCCUGGUUACGAUCUGUCAAAAAUGAUUCCACCUCCACCUCCACCUCUGAGGCAACAGCCUCCACUGCCAGGACCUGCCAUGGCUCCACCAUUGCAGCCUGAUGUUUUACCUCCAGGAAUUUCACGAUUUCCCCCACCGCCACCUCCAACAGAUAUGCGGCCUGCAUUGCCUGGCAGCGGAAUUGUUGGGCAACCUGCUCCACCUGGUGUUAUGGUCCCAGUUAUUGCAAGACCCUCUUUUGGACCUCCACCAAUGAUGAGACCACCACUUCCACCUGGUCCCUCACCUAUUCCACAAGAUGACCCUGGUGCUAGACUACCUGCUCCACAGAAACCAUCAUAUGUUAAAUCAGCUGCAUCAACUGUUGUUAAAAGACCCCUAGCACAGCACACACCAGAGCUGACAGCCAUGGUUCCUGCAUCUGUUCGCGUCAGAAGAGAAUCUGCAGCACCAAAAGCAAAGCCAAAGCCAUCAAAUACGACACCAGUGAACCACGCAGUGGCAGCUCCAGCCGAGACAAAGCAAGAAUCAAGUGGCUCAUCAUCCGCACCGAAACCACAGAGCAUUGACGACUCCUACAUGGCAUUCCUGGAAGACAUGAAAGCACUGGGUGCUCUAGAUAGUUGACCUGAUUCAGCCAUUUAAGGGAUCAAAAGGAAAGAAGACAAACUAGAGUAGACAAACAUGGGCUGUUAAUUUUUCUGAGACCACUUUGGUGCAAGACAUCAUUCAUUGUUCUUCAUGCUCAUUAAUUUAAUCUGUCCUUGAUUGUCCUACUCUACAGUAGUACCUUGUUCAUGAUAGUGCAUUUCUAUGCCUUCAGCUGCUAUAUAAUGUCAUUUUUUUUCUC